UCAUUGUCACCACUGAGCGAGCAGUAAGUGAAUAGAAUGGUGAUUAGUGGUUGAUUGUUAUUGUUUAUGAUCAUGAAACUAAAAUAAUCACGCAAAAAAUUAAUACAUCACAAUAUCAACGCUUACUAAUGUUUGUAUGUCUGUUGUUGAAUGAUAUAAUGGAUAUUUGCUAUACUUGUCUGAGCAGAGAUCGAGUACUUUUUCCACUUAAUCAAUUCGAAUGUUUCAUGAAAGAUAUUAAAAUGGUAAAUGCAAAGUGUAAUGAGUAUAUCGCCGGAAACAUAUGCUGGGAAUGUCGACACAUCAUGGAAAAGUUUACAAAAUUUAAAAAAAAAGUACUGAGAGCUCAAGAAUUGUUCACAGUACAUAAGUUCGAUGAAUUAACAAGUUUAAGUUCAUUAUUUAUUGUGACAAAACAUGAUUUUGAUGUGAAAUACAGUUACACGCAAGACCCUCUCCAAACCACUGUUCCAAAAGAAGAAAUUUUUAUUAAACAAGAAAAUAACACUGAAAGUGUUGAUGAUAAAAUUGGUUUUGAUGAUAUAAAUGAUAUUGAUGAUAAAAUUUACAUUGAUAACGAUUGCAAUCCCAAACUAGAGUUUGAAAAUAUAUACAUAGAAGCAUCAAUAAAUAAAGCGAAAAAGCAAAAGAAGGUGAGAAAUAUAAUGAAAAAUUCAAAAAUGAUGGAGAAAUUCUCAACUGUGGUGUAUACUGAGGAAGAAAUGAUGAAGAAACGGGAUGAGAAGCGUCAACAUCCUAAUUUCAAGAAAAUACCAUUCAAAUGUGAAUUAUGUGUUCUUGGUUUCAACAAGGAGGAUGCUUAUAAAGAACAUGUUGAGAAGAAACAUAAUGAGGACAUAGGUCCUCUAGAAUGCGAAGUUUGUCAUACACGCUUCGCCUCGCAGAAGUCUGCCACGCGCCAUCGCGACCAACACUACGUCACUUAUCGCUGUAAAUUUUGCUCAUACCACACUUCGCAAAUGUGGUCAGCGUUGAACCACUGCCGGGUGAAGCACGGUGAAGACAGUAGUGGUAGUCUGCACUGUGGUCAGUGUGAUGUGGUCGUUAGUACACCAGAGGAACUGGCAGAGCACCUUAAAAGUAAACACGGUUUUCAGUGUAACGAAUGUGGAGUGAAGUUUAAAAGCAAGAACACACUUAGGACACACAAAAUCCGUAUUCACGGCACCAAAAGGGAAUUUAUUUGCGACGUUUGCUCAAAAUCGUUCAACUCGAAGUCUCGACUCGAAACCCACUUGGCUCGACACAGUACGGCGUUGGCCUCACGUCUGUCUUACUGCGGGCAUUGCAGAGUCCAGUACAAUAGCGUGCACGUUUAUAGGAACCAUUUGAGGAACAGCGUGCACCAUGCGAGUACCACAUACCCGUGUCCUGAAUGCAACAAGAAAUUUGCAUCCAAAGUGUACUGGACAAAACAUUACAACUUUUACCACUUGCACAAGUCCAAGUAUAAAUGUGAAAUAUGCAAUAAGUUGUUCAUAUCGAACUGGCGGCUCAAGAACCACAAGCAGAAACACCAUGGAUUGUCGAGGUCGCGUGACCACGCCUGUGACGUCUGCGGGAAGAAAUUCUAUACGCUAUCAACUCUGCGCGGACACGAACUAACGCAUUCGGAACAGCGAACGUACAUGUGCGAAGACUGUGGCGCCGCCUUCAAACAGCGGCCAGCGUUGUACACUCACCAUAGACUAGUGCAUAGGACUAACAAAACCACUAGCUAAUACAUCUGUUACUAGUUAUUGCCCGCGGCUUCGCCCGCGUGACUUUGCCAAAGCGGGUCCGACAUGUUUUUCAUACAAACUUUGACCCCCUAUUAAAGUCAGUUGGGGGUCGAUUUUUGAAAAAACAUAAUAGCCUAUGUUGGAAUGGAGUCUCUAACUAUGUGCAUACCAAAUUUCAUCAAAAUUAGUCCAGCUGUUUAGCCGUGAAAGCGGAUAUACAUAUUUAUGUUAAUUUGCCAGCUGAACGACACCAGCGUACCAAAGAAGGUUGACACCAGGCAGACCAUGUAGAUGACAAUAUCUCGUUUUUCAAUAGUGAUAUAUAUUAGGAAUAAAUUGUAUGUACUCUGAACUGUACCAUUAAGUAUUAUAAUUAUAGAUAUUAUGCCAUACAUUUGACGACCUCGGUGGCGCAGUGGUAAAGCUCUUGCCACUGAACCGUGAGGUCCCGGGUUCGAUCCCCGGUCGGGUCAUGAUGGAAAAUGAUCUUUUUCUGAUUGGAUAUAUAUAUAUAUAUAUAUAUAUAUAUAUAUAUAUAUAUAUAUAUAUAUAUAUAUAUAUAUAUAUAUAUAUAUAUAUAUAUAUAUAUGCCAUACAGUGUGUCUGUAUAAAGAAGAAAAUAAGCAUGCGGUCACCUUUUAGCUGAGUUUAUCAACCAAUCUUUAUGAAUAAAACAAAGUGAGACAUGCGCUACCUAUUUUUAAGGGUUCCGUGGCCGAAUGGCGAAAAACGGAACCCUCAUAAAUUCGGCAUGUCUGUCCGUCCGUCCGUAUGUCACAGCCAAUUUAUUUGAAUGGAAGUAUGUGUUAAGUUAAAUCUUUAUAAUGCCUAAGUAAUCAAAUACAAUCCGUCCUUUAUAUACGUUGGCUAUUCGACUGGGUAAAAAAUAAGAUUUAUGGACUUAUUUAAACAAUCAAACACAAUCAUUGAACAUAAUUUUAAUUUAUCAGUUUUAUUGAAUAAAUAAAUAAAUUAAUAUAUUGGGACAAAUCACACAGAUAAAUAGACAGAUAUUACAGACAAAUAGGCACCUGAUUUACUAUUAUUUCGAUCUCAUUAAAGUAUAUUAAGUAAGAAUGAUUUUUGACUCCAAAACCUGUGACGUCACAAUACAUUACUGUCACAUAAGUUGCAUACAUAUAAAAUUUGUUUUUGGAAUAAGAAUUUUAUUAUUAUUAUUAUUAUUAUAGACAUACUGUACUGUACAUAGUGUCAGUGAUAGUACAAAAUAACGUUUUUAGCAUAAAAAGAAUGAUUUGUGAUUCAAAUCCACAUUUAUAAAAACAUUACAUUAAAGAAUGUAUUUAUAUCUAUGUUUAAAUCAUAUAAAGAAAUAUUUAAACCAAAUAUAUUUAAUAAAUUGAGUGAUUUGUGGUUUGAAUAAUAAAUACUUAAAUCAAAUAUAGUUAAUUUAUU